AUGAUCUCUUUGGCUACGUUACUGGUGAAACCGCUUGUCCCCCUCCCAAAACUGGUUCAGAGGGAAAUGUUACAACCAAUCCAGAAUAUACUCAUUGGCAACGACAAGACCACUUUAUUUUCCUUGCCCUUCUUGGUUCCUGCAUGGGACCGACUCAACAAGCAAUAUGCUAAUCGAUCUCGCACUCGUAUAAUGUCCUUGAAGGAACGACUUGCCUCAAUAUCUAAAGGCACCUCUGGUGUUGCUGACUACCUCCGCUCUAUAAGGGUCAUUGCCGAUGAGCUUGCUCUCAUUGGUCAUCCCAUUGAUGACCUUGAUUUGGUGAUCACCGCUCUCAAUGGUCUUGGCCCUACCUUUCGCGAGUUUACUGCCUCAAUUCGUGCACGUGACUCUCCAUUACUAUUUGAUGAACUAUUUGAUAAACUCAUUAAUUUUGAGAUCUUCCUCCAACGUGAGGAACGCCACCAGCAAUCUCUUCCAGCCACUGCCCAUUACACUCAUUGCUAUAAUGCUUCCUCCUUUCGUGGAAAAAGGUCCCAAAACUAUCGCAACUCAUCAUCAGUUCGUAACUCCACUACUUUGCCUUCUGCUGCCUCCUCUAAUUUUUCUAGUAACUCAUCUCAGAGAGGAUCAUCAUCCUCUCGUUCGGUUCCCAAAUGCCAAUAUUGUGAUUGA